UAUGGUCGUGGCGCGUGCCUGUGGCGCCCACCCGCAAGCGCUCACUAUUGGGCGAACAGCCACAGACCUAUUCAAUGCUCCACCUCUUUCGGUGUAGCUAUACGCACCGUAGUCGCUGGAUUGAAUAUGUACUUCACGAUGCCCGUGGCCAUGGAACCUGGAUUCAAACCUUCCUCAACACUAUGCCGUCCCCGAACGAUCUUAGCCCCAACGGUAAAGCACCAAGUGUUUGGUCAUUGGACUCUGGCUACGCCAGCAUGGCAGAAGACAACAGUGUGUUCCAAUCGGUUCACCCAACAGCGUCCCCAGCAAGCAAUCGCUUCCAAUCUCAACCUCAAUCCCGGAAACCAGCUGUGGGCUUAGGACUUGAAGGCCUUGACGACGCGAACUGGUUUCGUUAUGGGUCUGUCAUAGAACCAGUCACCACCGACCACAGCUUGUUCGCGAAUCAAAUAUCCAACAUGACUUCCAACGCACCCGGGAUGGACGAGAAUCUGGGAGCAGAACAAUCACUUUCAGCUACUUCCAACGGCGACAAUACUUCGAGAUCGAAAGCGUGGCUUCCAAAACUCGAUAUUCCGCUACCUGAUCAAUAUCAACAACGUUGCUCAGUCUGCCAACUUGACACUCUCGUUGACUCUUCCGGUCCCGACACCUGCGCACAUUGUUUCGCCAAUCUCUACCAUGUUCCAGUGUCGCCUUCAGAUUCACAAUAUUCAGUCAGACGAUCGAGAGCGGGUCGCAACUCCAAACUUCCUCUACACGCCCUGAAUUGUCUCCAAAACUGGCUGAGUGCGAAUCAACACAACCCUUAUCCCAGUGCAGAGACUAAAAGAGCACUUGCUCAGGAGUGUGGAAUAACUGAGAAGCAAGUUACGACGUGGUUUACCAAUGCUCGUGCUCGGCACCUCAGCCCUUUGGGCGCUUCUUCAGUCAGCGGUAGCGAUGGCGAAGAAUAUGGCGAAAGCGAAGCAUCAAAUACCCCGAUCGACGCUAUGGGUGGUUUCGCAUUCAUCCCUGAUGGCCAACAGCCAGACAGAUAUGAUCGCACUACUUCGGUUCCAGACACCAGCGUUUUCUCGCCGACCGCGCGGCAGCGAUCAUCUCGCAGAGGCAAGAAGAAAGACUAUCGUCGGAGCCACUCAGUAUCGGCGCCACCAGCUCCAGAUUACACACAACUGCCAGUCGCAGCCAACUCUUCCGAAGCGCUUUAUUCUUUCGAAAGCGGGCUUGGUGUGACCACACAUUCAUCCAACGCAACAUCAUAUUCUCCCAUGGCAGAUACACUGUCAAAUGAUCCAGCUUCUAAAUCAGAAUCGUGGCAAUGCACGUUCUGCCGCAAGCAUCUGGUCCCCAAAUCGUGGCGGCGGCACGAAGAGACCCAGCACCGACCGAAAGCUCAGUGGACCUGUAUGCUCCGUGGUCCUCGUCUAUUGUUCCCCUCUCCCCAAUCAGAUACAACAGCGACUAAAUGCGCCUUCUGUAUGAUGGUAGAUCCACCCGAAGAACACUUUAUGCAGCAUCAUCGUAUCGAGGAAUGUGCAAAGCGCGACACCUCCGACCGAACCUUCUUCCGACCCGACCACUUGCGGCAACAUGUGAAAAACUUCCACGGGACCGGCCUUUUCGACAUUGUGCAAGCCAGGUGGAAGAGUGCCGCAGAAGCUGGAACAGAGGGCUGGACUUGUGGCUUUUGCAGUGAUAAGCUGGAGACUUGGGACAAGCGGGAGACGCACAUUGCCAACCACUUCAAGGACGGGCUGAAGAUGGACUCUUGGAAAGACUUCUCAAACGUGGACGACAAGAAUAGCAAGAAGGGGAAGGGCAAGAGGAAAGAGAGGGCCCAGAGUCAAGUUGCUGGGAUGGGGAGACUUGGGCAACCGUUUGCAUCUCAUUCCGAGCGCAAUAGCUAUGUCCUCGACACAGCAGCACCCAUACAACAGCAGCGGCCGCAACCACAAACAUACAGCCAGAUCCACCAGCAACAGUACUACCAAGGAGACUUUGCCCAGCCACAACGUCCGAGCUCACCACUUCAUCAGGCCAACAUCGCAAACGCUUACCAGUCUGUUCCGUACUCCAGCUCCUUCCCCCUACCACAGCCUCAACAACCCAUUGUUCCAACUUCAGCUCCCCUCGACACGCUCAUGCUGGACUGUACCAACCCUUUCGAAUGGGGUGGCAUCACAACGUCGGCCACUGCCGCACCCAUGCCCAUGCAACCCACAACGCAACAACCGCCAUAUCAACACCUGAACUAUCCUCUUGCGCCACCAACGGGCGGCUUCAACACGGCAAAUAUGGAUCCGGCAACGGCAGCGGCAUUCCAGCAACAGUUCGAGGAAUCGUUGCAGAAUAUGGGAUUAAGCGGGGUCGACAUCUAUGGUAACCCAUUGAACUACCAGGGUGGUCCUUGGGAGGGCCAGUAAAAACAAUACGUUUUGACAAACUGGGUAGGAAGGAAGGACCUGCUGCGGAGUAGAUUCUUUGCGCGGCGCGGUAUGUUGCAUUGCUCUUUCUUGUCAUAUUUCCUUGGCUGCUUCUUUUUUUUUCCUGCUUCUCGGUGGGAUAGAUCUCACUUUGCCUGGCGUCUCUGGUUACUGCCUUUUUUCUCUUCUCUAUCUUCUUCUUUUUUUUUCUUCUUCCUCCCUUUUCACAAUUUUGUGCUUUGGUUGAGCGGCUAGAUUGGGUAUAGAUAUGCUCGGUUUUCAUUAAUCUCUUCUUCCAGCGUCUUCGCUCUUUCUU